ACCAUGGAAACAGAAUUCAGUAUGGCCCAGAAUAACGUCAAUAUUGAGGUAACCAAUAAACCGAAGCUGAAGCCAGAAAACGAAAAUGGAAACGGAAACGGUAGCCACCACAUAACUUGUAAUCGGAAACUGUAAUCAUCUUCUUCAAGGGGAGAGAGAGAUCGAGUUUAAUGGAGCUACUGCGGUUGCACCUGCACCCUGCUCGUGAUGUCCCCGUUCACUCUUGUCUCUCCAACUCCACCUCCGCCUCCUCUCUUCUCCCCACCUACCACCUACUCUCCCUCCGCCGCCGCCGUUUGCCGCGUCCGGCGGCAUGCUCGGCCGACGUUGACGCCGCCCUGCCUCUUCCGUCGAUAGCGGUGCCGGAGCACGCCGGCGGGAAGAUGGUGGUGGAACUCAUCGGAGCAUUCAACGAGCUGACGGAAAGGAUGAACGUGCUGUCAACGAGCUCAUCUCGUGUGCUGUUCAAGUCCCUGAAACUCUCCAUUCCAAUCUUGCAAAAUUGCCCUCUUUCCCCUGAUGGCCGUUCCCCUCUCUCCAAAGCCUUAUCCGUUGCCUUCGUCCUCGCCGAUCUCCAGAUGGAUGCUGAGGUUAUCUCUGCCGGGAUUUUGAGAGAGGUCUUCGAGGCGGGUGAAGUGACUAUACAUGAAAUCCGCAACCAAAUCGGUACUGGCACUGCGCACCUGCUGCAUGAGAGUUUGCGUUUGAAGAACAUCCCAUACAGAGUUGAUGUUCUGGAUGAUGAUAAUGCUGCUGCGUUGAGGAAGUUCUGCUUGAUUUACUAUGACAUUAGGGCCCUGAUUUUGGACUUGGCUCUGAAGCUUGACAUGAUGAGGCAUCUCGAUUAUCUACCAAGAUAUAAGCAGCAGAUCCUUUCUCUGGAGGUUAUGAAAAUAUAUGCUCCUCUUGCUCAUGCUGUGGGAACUAAUCACUUAUCACUUGAGUUGGAAGAUCUCUCAUUUCAGUACCUAUUUCCUUAUUCUUAUCUGUAUGUUGAUACCUGGUUGCAAAGUCAUGAAACAGGGGGUAGAUCAAUUAUUGAUAUAUAUAGGGAAGAGCUAUUCCAAGCGCUAAAAGCCGAUACCUUGCUCACAGCCCUGGUUGAUGAUAUAUCAGUUGAAGGUCGGUAUAAAAGUCGUUACAGUACGAUGAAGAAGCUCUUGAAGGAUGGUCGAAAGCCAGAAGAUGUAAAUGACGUGCUUGGCCUGCGAGUGAUAUUAAAUCCAAAGCCUGGAGCUGGAUAUAGUGCAUCGGAAGCUGGUGAGAGGGCAUGCUACAGAGCUCAUCAAAUCAUCCAAUCUAUGUGGAAAGAAAUUCCUCAUCGGACAAAAGAUUAUAUUGCCAGCCCCAAACCAAAUGGAUAUAAAAGCUUACAUAUGGCGGUAGAUGCAAGUGACAAUGGUAGGACCAGACCAUUGAUGGAAAUACAGAUCAGAACAACUCAGAUGGACAGGUUAGCUGUUGGCGGAACGGCAUCACAUUCAUUAUAUAAGGCAGGCCUUACUGAUCCGGUGGAGGCAAGGCGUCUGAAGACAAUCAUGCUAGCUGCAGCUGAGCUGGCAGCUCUGCGACUUAAAGAUCUUCCAAACACAAACCAUAAGGGGAUUGAGAUUGACCAGAGGGAUAGAGUGUUUCGGCUUCUUGAUAAGAAUGGAGAUGGUAAAAUUAGCAUAGAGGAACUUACAGAGGUAAUAGAAGAGCUCGGUGCACCAGGAGAAGAUGCCCGAGAGAUGAUGCAUCUCCUUGAUUCAAACAGUGAUGGCUCCCUGAGCUCUGAUGAAUUCCAUAUGUUCCAAAAGCAGGUUGAGUUGGUGCGUUGUUUAGAGGCUAGAGAUGAUCAAUACAAGAAAUUGUUGAAUGAUAAGCUUCAUAUGGCAGAUGACAGUGGUUUGAUUCAGGUAUAUAGUAAGGAGUUUGGAAACAGGCUUGCCAGUUAGUGCUGCAUCCAAUUGAUAUGAACAAAACUUUAUGAUAUUAUUAUGAAAGGUUACCCACCAUGACCUCUCUUACACAAAUCCAACAACCAAUAUUAUAAUAACAACAACCAAUCGUCCUCGUCAUCGUCGUCAGCUUAAGCAAGCCCCAGAUAACUGAUAUAAUUGCCAUGUAAAUAAGUUUUAUUUUUUUUGGUAUUGCCAUGUAAAUAAGUUACUAACGGUUGCAGGCAAGAUGAGCCUAAAUGAGCAGUUUUUCUCGGCAA